UCGUUCUGCCAGCUGCAAGGCAGCGAGCGUGGCUGAAGGACACAAGGCUCCGCUCGCACUUGGCGGAGGGACUUUGAGAGCUCGAUCCGACAUGGGGGGCUAGACACCGCCGGCGUUGCUCUUCCUCCUCCCGCGUCCACUCUUUGAAUGUCACCUCUGGAAGGAUGCUCGGAUGGAGCGCUACCACGUCUCCUCAAUCGCCCGCUCAGGACGGCAUGAAGGACUCGGAAAGGGGGAGUAAGUCAGGCAGCUUCCUCUUUCCGAGCUGAUACCUCAGGUCUCAUCUUCUUGUGCACUUCUUGGACGUCUUGACGCCGUCCGUCACCGAGGAGGACAGUUGACAGUCGAGAUUGAAGGAUUCCGCAAUUGGGCGAAUGCUGGAGGCAAACUUCCCCCGGAGGUCAAGGAGACAGGCUGGACUGGAGUGGAACUGAUGGAUUGGUUUAGAUAAGAACAUGGCCUGCCCAAACAAAAGGCGGCAAACGAAUCCAUUCGAGGCUCGCCAGAUCGGGAUCUUCAACAAGCCUCCGUUUCAGUUGUGUGCUUUUUGAGGGUGUGCCUCUUCUUGCCUUUCACCCAUUUCCCUCCAGCUCGUCAGCUCGAGACAACCGUAGCGCUGCCCCGUCGCCCUGGGUGAACGGGCAGGGGGGUGGCCCACGGUACCCCCCAUCACCCGGGCGCCACCAGGCCGCCAGCGGGGCCUGCGCUGGCAAGAUGGCCGCCCUUGCCAGCUCCCUCAUUCGACAGCGUCGGGAGGUCAAGGACCCCCAGACCAACCGUCAGAUUGCCAGCAAGCGAAAGCCGUGCCCGAAAAGCAACAAGUCGCUUUGCCAGAAGCAAAUCCUCAUUUUGAUAUCCAAGGUCCGAUUAUGCGGCAGUCGAGGGAGGAAAAUGGAAAAAAGACCAGAGCCGCAGCUGAAGGGCAUCGUCACGCGGCUCUACUGCCGACAUGGCUUCUACCUUCAAAUGCUGCCGAACGGCACCAUGGAAGGCACAAAGGACGAAAGCAGCUCCUUCUUGCAGUUCAACUUGAUUCCUGUGGGCCUCCGCAUCGUGGCCAUCCAAAGCACCAAGACGGGGCUCUACGUGGCCAUGAACAGCGAGGGCUACCUCUACACUUCGGAACACUUCACGCCAGAGUGCAAGUUCAAAGAAUGCGUGUUCGAGAACUACUACGUCACCUACUCGUCCAUCCUGUACAGACAGACGCAAUCGGGUCGGGCCUGGUACAUCGGCAUCAACCGGGACGGGCAGGUCAUGAAGGGAAAUCGCGUCAAGAAGACCAAGGGCGCCGCACAUUUUCUACCCAAACUCAUUGAAGUGGCCAUGUACAGAGAGCCGUCUCUACACGACGUCGCCGAGCAGAGUCCGCCUAGGAAAACGCCCAAGACCUCCAAUGACUCGCCUGUGCACCAUAUCGACAAGAAAGACCCUCAAAGCAAAACCAAAACCUCGUCGUCCUAGCGCUGAAAGAAAAGAGCACGGGAUCGAGGGGGACCCCUGGGGGACGCCUAAACAGAGUUGGACACUGAGGAAAAUAACCUCCCCGUCGACCUUCACGUCCUAACCUCUGUGUGACUACAAUAUGGGAAGCAAUAACUCCCACAAGAGGUGUGCCCUUCUUGCCAUAAGCGCCGUCUCACCCAACCCCCCCGAGUCGGUCCAGCAGCUGAGCAAAAAGUCUUCCUGGCAUUUACCAUCACGGGUGCAAUGGUGGAAUGCUGUUUUAAUUGGAUUGCUUCGAUCAACGUCUUCCAUGCUUGUCAGCAACUUUUUAAGAAGCCCUGUGUGUGCGUGUGCGUGUGUGUGUGUGUGUGUGUAUCUUCCAUCCACAACUGGUGUGAUUUGAUGAGUUUGUGACUUGUACUCAAUUUUUCACUUUUUAUGAUGUUGAUCACAACCUUCCAAAAACACACAGAUGAAAUGAAUAGCCCCCUAAAUAGCCAUCAAUCCACUAUUGUGUAAAAAAAAUACAAAAACAGCAAUAAUUAAUUCCAUCUUUACACAAGUGAAUAUCUUCUCACUUUUAAGCAAAGGGAGACUGAAUAUAAGGAGAGAAAAGUUGCGAUGAACUGAACCCAUUUAAUAAUUCCAUAAUUGUUACAUUUGUUCCAAGCCGGUAAUUGUUAAAACACCGCUUUCACACCGGGCGGAAGUGCUUAAGACCUUAAUUAAAUCGCUAAAUAGACCUUCAGGUUGCCAUGUUUGACCAGUCAUCCCCUAUGGAUCACUAAGUCCAUUAAAUGUUUGACUAUUCUUCACAAAGUAAUUACACAAAUGUUUAAUUAAACGGGCCCGCUGCGAGAACAGAAUUAAGACUAUGAGAUACGGAGAUUGGAGAUACUGCUUGGGUGGAGGUGCGGAAGAUUUAACUGUGAAAAAAAAAAAUCAUCUUUGGUAACUACUUCAUUCUAAGGGCUGGGACAUUUCUAUAUUGCAAUAUUAUUAAAAAAAAAAAAAAAGAACUUUCUUUUCAGGGUUAAAUCAAGAGGCAAGAAUUGUAGCUAAAACGUUACCUCUGGGUUUUGAUGCCAAAAAAAGGAUACAGUGGUGCCUUGAGAAACAAUUGGCUCGAUUUACAGCCUACUUGUCAGAUAGAAUAAGUAAAAAGUCUUGGGAGAAAAAAAAAAAAAAAAACGUCAAGCGAUUUAAUGCCACUCCCAGUUGAAGUUAAAUGCCAAAUUAAAAAUUAAAAAUAAUUAAAAGCGUAUUUGAAACAACAACACAGUUUAGCCAUGUAUCUGCUAGCUUAAGGCUAAUGCUCACAUAGGCAAUGUUUCGCGUCUAUGUUGCUUAAGAACUGGACAGUCAAUCUGUAUUCUUUAUCCUCUGCAAAGAACUAUAUGCAUCCAUCCCAUUUGGGUUCUAGUCAGGACACGCCCCGCUGCAAUAUGAUUGGCUGCUGCAUCGGCAUCCAGACAGGAAAAUCAUGCGUCCAAUAUGAAUUGCCCUUUCUAUUGACCCCAGGUGGCCAAGAUGGAUAAAUGUCAUUUCCUUUCCAUUCACACAAUUGGGAAAGAUGAUUGUCACACUCAAGGCACUGCUGUAUCAUGAAUAGAGCACACAAGUUUUGCUUUAGGUGUUUUAUUUAAAGCAUCAAUACGGGCGAGGGUUAAACGCUAGACUUUACAAGUACUGUACUCUCCUCCCUGGGGAGUGCAGACUGCAGUGAGGGUCAUCCCAGGAUGAGAGGGAAGUUUCCACAUGGCUAACACUUAAACUCGAUGGGGUCUAUAUGGAUACUGUAUGUGGCGAGGGUGUGUGUGUGUGCGUGUGUGUGUAUAAACACCAUUAACUUGGUGCAGCCACCACCAUGUCUGUGACAGGGGUAGCACGAGGGAUGGUGAAUAUUGAUAUUGCAAGCUCACGUGUAGUGGCUUUGAUUUGUAUGUGCCCUUGCGUGUGCGUGUGGGUUACUUUGCGGUGGAGUCCCUUCGCCACAUCUGCAAUGCAGCAGAAAACACCAAAAAAAAAAAAACAGUUGGUGGGGUGGGGGAGGCAGCGUGGGUGAUUCUGACAAAAGAGUGACACUGUCCUUUUUCUUCUUCUACUUCCAGCCCACUCACAUUAUCAUAAUUGUUAUCGGAACUCAAUAUGGUGUGGAAUGUAGAGCUAGUGAUUGUUGGACAUGGUAGCUGCAAUGCACUGUGCCAGCUUCCGUACUUUACAUAUAGUGACCUUUACAUGCAGCCACCUAGCCAGACCCCCCCCCCCACACACACACACACAAUGAUUUUCCUUCUCCAAAGCAUACGCAGCACAAAGUCCGUGUGUCCGAUUGGGUGUUUAGUAAAAAUCUCAAGGUUAUUGUGGUCCCUCCGGGACGUCUCCUUAAUUCCUCACCUGGAACAAGUACAGAGGAACUGACCAACCUCCGCCACGGGAUUUUCCCCGCACACCUCCCCUUAACUUGCUGUCGACCUUGAUCGAAUCCCGCGUCCAUCCACACAAAGGAUUUUAUUUUUGUCGCCGCUCUUUAUACUACACCAGGAAAUCAUUGUCUUCCAAAUCCGAUUGGCUUCAGUCUUCCAGCAGUCCAAAGCUACAAGGACACUAUUUUUGUAUACAAAGGGGGGCAAGAAAAUAUAUCCACUAUCUCUGUGUAGACGUAUUUCCUUCGAGAGAACGACACAGGUGUGUUGAGGAACUCCAAACACACCGAGACGAGACAACGAGCUUGCAUGCGCCAAAUCAUUUACUGGACAGAAAGGAACUUUGGCCUCUAUUUACUCUUGAAGCACUUCAUGGCCUCGGCUAACCCCUUCAAAUCUUCACCCUGCAUUUGCAAUAUGAUAUGCAUUUAUUUCUAUAAUAACUUACAUAAAG